AUGAAGCGUUUUGGCAAAGGCCUGCUCGCCCGAGGCAAGGACGCCAGCAAGUCUUCCAAGAAGAAUAAAGACUCCAAGGAUGGCACAUCGUCCCCUUCAUCACGAGAUUCGAAUCAGUCUCCUGUCCUUACGCCCACCUCCUCCUCCACCAACCUUAGCGACAUACGCAACAAGCCUUUACCACCCAACACAUCAGGACACGGCGAACAUGCAGCCCCUAACCAACCCUCGAGUGCCGGUCCCGGUCCCCAAAGUAGCCUGCCCGAUCGGUUUGGGUCCAUGGGCGGUGCCUCGAGCCCGAAUGGCGCUGCUUCCAAUCCAAGAUUACCCCCCACCGUGGUGAUUAGCCCAACACCCGGCCAUAUCCCCCCCCCCGGAGCCGCGGAAACCAUGCCCCAUGACCUGGCGCCCCCCAAGGCUGGCCAGAAAUCACUCAUGAUCCACCGCGGCAUCGACAACCGAGACGCCAUUCCCGAGGGAUUGCGAACUCCGAAACGACAGCAUUCGUCUCGAUUCGACAUUUCCGCCCACAGAGAACUGGAAAAGCUACCAGGCUUCCACGAGGUGCCUCCCAACAAGAGACAAGAGCUCUUCAUGCAGAAGAUUGACCAAUGCAACGUCAUUUUUGAUUUCAACGAUGCCAGCGGCGACAUGAAGGCCAAGGAGAUAAAGCGGCUCGCGCUGCACGAGCUGCUCGACUACGUCGCCAACAACAGACAAGUCAUUACGGAGCUCAUGUACCCCAGGGUCGUGGAAAUGUUUGCCAAGAAUUUGUUCCGACCGACCCCCCCUCCCAUCAACCCUCAAGGCGAAGCCUUUGAUCCCGAGGAGGACGAGCCAGUUCUCGAGGUGGCCUGGCCUCACAUCCAAGUGGUUUACGAGUUCUUUCUCCGCUUCAUCGAAAGCCAAGACUUCAACACCAACAUUGCCAAAGCCUAUAUUGACCACAGCUUUGUACUGCAACUCCUCGAUCUCUUCGAUUCCGAAGACCCCAGGGAAAGAGAUUUUCUCAAGACGACGCUCCAUCGCAUCUAUGGCAAGUUCCUCAACCUUCGAUCCUUCAUCCGCCGAUCAAUAAACAACGUCUUUUUCCAGUUUACGUACGAAACGGAAAGAUUCAACGGGAUUGCCGAGCUGCUCGAGAUCCUGGGAUCCAUCAUCAACGGCUUCGCUUUGCCGUUGAAGGAAGAGCACAAGAUCUUCCUGACCAGGGUCUUACUCCCCCUACACAAGCCCAAGAGCCUGAGCAUGUAUCAUCCUCAGCUGGCUUAUUGUAUUGUCCAGUUUCUGGAGAAGGAUGCGUCUCUUACUGAAGAUGUCGUUCUCGGCUUGCUUAGGUACUGGCCCAAGGUCAAUAGCACAAAAGAAGUCAUGUUUUUGAACGAGGUUGAGGAUAUAUUCGAAGUCAUGGACCCCGCCGAGUUUGCCAAGGUCCAGGAGCCUCUAUUUCAUCAGCUUGCAAAAUCUGUGGCCAGCCCUCACUUCCAGGUCGCGGAGCGUGCGCUUUACUUUUGGAACAACGAAUACUUCUGCAAUCUCGUCAGCGACAAUGUAGAGAUUAUUCUUCCCAUCAUGUUUGCCCCACUCUACGAGAAUUCUAAGGGACACUGGAACAGGACGAUCCACGGCAUGGUCUAUAAUGCGAUGAAGCUGUUUAUGGAGAUUAACCCCCAGCUCUUUGACGACUGCUCACACGACUAUACCGAGCAACAAAACAGUGCCGCGGAACGAGAGGCCCUACGGGAGCGAAAGUGGGCUGCACUGGCUGAAAAGGCUGAUCAAAGACGGGCUUCAGCCGGCGCUGGUGAUGCGCCAGCAAGACCCCAGGCCGGCCGAGUAUUGUCACGAGUGGAUGAAGUAGAUCCCGCUACCGAAGACAAUCAGAAACGACUUGACUCCCUCAAGCUUCAAGACGCAUCCGGCAAACGAGCCGGGGGCCACGAGCGACAAAGCUCCCAGAGCUCCGCUCGGAGCAGAUGA